AUGGAGGCUGGGGCUGAGGCUGGGGAGAAGCUGAGUCGGGAUGGUGUAGAGGUGGAGGCUGGGGAGAAGCUGAGACUGGGGACGGGUUCACUCAUCUUCAUCCAACUCUUCGUCCCUCCACCUAUCAUCCAUCAAGCCAUCUUCAGUUGGCAGAUCUUCAGUCCACUACUUCAACACAACUGUAGUCGAUUCAUCUUCAGACUCAAAGGAAGCUCUGAGGUCAUCAAUCCCUGUUUGUUUCCUUGUCUGAAUGGAGGUCAGUGUGUCCAUCCUGAGUCAUGUGACUGCAGUUUAUACCAAGCUACUGGAACACGAUGCCAAACAGUUCCUAACCCAGGAUUUGAGAGGGAGAUGACGUGUCGGUCGUGGGGCCAGUAUAACUACGAGACGUUUGAUGGGCUGUACUAUCACUUUCCUGGGAGAUGUACCUACACUCUGCUGAGAGACUGUGAAGACACCAGCCAGGCCAGCAUUCUCAUACAGGUCCACAAUGACCCAGACUGCGGCUCGUCUCCCUACUCCUGCACGCGGUCAGUUAGUCUCUUCCUGCCCUGGGAAGGAGAGAUCAGGUUGCACAGGUCCAAAGUUACCUUCAAGGGACAGAGUGUUCAGCUGCCUCACCACAUCCAUGACGUGGAGCUGGAGAGGAUCUCCCGCUAUGUCUUGGUGACCCAGCAACAUGGCUUCACCCUGGCCUGGGACGGACACAGUGGCUCUGUCUACAUCAAGCUGAGCCCAGAGUGGGUGGGCAGGACCUGCGGUCUGUGUGGCAACUUCAACGCUGACGUACAGGACGACCUGAAGACCAGCUACGAUGUGGUGACGGAGGACCUGUCCAUGUUUGGGAACAGCUGGGUGGAGGAGGAGCCUCACCAGGUCAGGUGUCCCAUGGUGCCCUCCAUGUUCCCCUCGCCCUGCGCCUCAUGUGACCCACACAUACUACUGAAAGUGGAGGAGGUGUGUGCAAUGCUUCUGGAGGAACCUUUUGCAGGCUGUCAUGAGUUUGUCAGUCCUCUGUCUUACAUGGCUAGCUGCUCCAACGACCUCUGUCUGUCGGGUCCCAACGGUGAUGUGGUAUGCCAGGUGUUCACGGAGUAUGCCCGGGCCUGUGCCCACGCCGACCACCCACUGAAGGACUGGAGGACUCACAUUCCACAGUGUGCGAUGCCGUGUCCUCCAGGUCUGCAGUAUAAGGAGUGCAUCACCUGCUGCCCUGUGUCCUGUAACGUGGACAGAAUGUGUAUCGACAACAAGCUGCAGUGUCUAGACGGAUGCUACUGCCCUGAUGACCUGAUCUAUGAGGAGGGAAGUUGUGUGAAGGCCUCAGACUGUCCCUGUGAAUACCAUGGCAUGGUCUACCCCUCCGGACAGACCGUUCAGGAGGAGUGUACAAUCUCAUCUCGAGAGUGCUCUGUGACUGGAGACAUGUACUUCCACUCGUUUGAUGACAGGAUGUUCACCUUCCCAGCUUCCUGUCAGUAUGUCCUGGCUAAGAGUCGUAACUCAGGGAAGUUCACUGUCACCAUUCAGAAUGCCCCGUGUGGACCCAAUUUGGACGGGGCUUGUAUCCAAUCAGUCAGCCUGGUCAUAGACGAGGACCCACGGACUGAGAUCACACUGACCCACCUAGGAGAGGUCUUCAUGGCAGGACAGUACCGCAUCUCUCUGCCCUAUUCAGAUGAGGUGUUCCACAUCCAGGAGCUGUCAUCCAUGUUCCUGCAGGUGCGUACUGCUCUGGGUCUGCAUCUGCAGUACAGCUGGAGGGAGUUCCGUCUCUACCUGCAGGUGGAUGAGCUGUGGAAGGGCGACACGGUGGGGCUCUGUGGAACCUUCAACGGAAACAUCCAGGACGACUUCCUGUCUCCGUCUGGUAUGAUAGAGAGCACCCCUCACCUGUUUGGCAACGCCUGGAGGGUAUCCUCUGCCUGUGUCCCCAGCCAGAGUGUUCCCCAGCUUGACCCAUGUGACACGCAUCAGCAAGCAGCAUCCUACGCCUCUGAGAUGUGUGACAUCCUGAACCAGGAGUUGUUCUCAGCGUGUCAUGAGUACCUGAGUCCGGUGCCCUUUCACCAACAGUGUAAAGCAGACACCUGUAAGUGUGGCCAGCCCUGCCUCUGCUCUUCCCUGGCCCACUAUGCUAGACAGUGCAGGAAAUACUCCAUCAUCACGGAGUUCAGAGCCAGCGUACCUGACUGUGAGGUGACAUGCCCAGAUACCAUGGAGUACGGAACCUGUGUGUCGUCAUGCCAACGGCGUUGCUCCUCCCUGUCCACGCAGCAGCACUGUGGAGAGGAGUACCAACAGUGUCCGCUGUGUCAGAUGUACCUGGACUGUACUGAGGGGCUGGAGGGGCUGCAGGCUAGAGAUGGGAUCAGCCUGGGUAGAGGACUGGGCUGUGAACACACAUGUGAAUCCCACCUGCUCAACCUCACCUGUUCAGCUCAUGAACCGUGCGUACCUGGCUGUGUCUGUCCCCCUGGAUUGCUGAAACAUGGUGAUGAGUGUUUUGAGCCUGAUGCCUGCCCCUGCCUCUGGAAGGGGAAAGAGUACUAUCCAGGAGAUAGAGUCACCUCCCCCUGUCAUCAAUGUGUCUGCCAGCAUGGAACAUUCCAGUGUGUGUUCCAUCCGUGUCCGUCCAUGUGCACAGCCUAUGGGGACCGCCACUACAGGACCUUUGAUGGUCUACUGUUUGACUACGUUGGAGCGUGUAAAGUCUACCUAGUAAAGAGCAGUGCUGAUCUGAUGAUGAGUGUGACAGCUGAGAACGUGGACUGUUACGACAGCGGCGUCAUCUGCAGGAAAUCUCUACUCAUCAACAUUGGUAGAUCUUUCAUUGCGUUCGACGACGACAGUGGCAAACCAAACCCGUCCAGUGUGAUCGACUGGAGACAGUUGGUGUUCAUAUGGAGCGCUGGGCUCUUCACCGUGGUCCACGUUCCCGAGGAGGACCUGACCGUGCUCUGGGAUCGCAAGACCACGGUCCACAUCCAGGCUGGACCACGCUGGCAGGGCAAGCUGAGCGGUCUGUGUGGGAACUUUGACCUGAGGACGGUCAAUGAGAUGAGGACACCAGAGAACAUAGACUCUGCCACGCCUCAGGAGUUUGGCAACAGCUGGACGGCAGCUGAGUGUGUUAACAGCCCAGACAUCAGACACCCCUGCAGUCUGAACCCCCUGAGGGAGCCGUUCUCCAAGAGGGAGUGUGGAGUCCUGCUCAGUGAGGUCUUCCUAGUCUGCCACCCGGUGGUGGAUGUGACAUGGUUCUAUAUGAACUGUCUGGCUGAUACGUGCGGCUGUAGUCGUGGUGGGGACUGUGAGUGUUUCUGUACCAGCGUAGCAGCCUACGCCCACCGAUGCUGUCACCAGGGUGUCACCGUGGACUGGCGAUCCCCGUCGAUCUGCCCCUACGAUUGUGAAUACUACAACAAAGUUCUGGGUAAAGGCCCCUACAGGCUGGUGACCUACAGGGAGAGAGACACGGUGCUGGCAGCCAACAGGUCCAGUGGGACAGUGUUCCCUAAGAAAGGAGACCCUACUGUGGCUGGUUUCCUGUCCCUCUUCAUGAUGACACCUGGGCUCAGCAGAGUACGUCCACAUGACACGUCCCUGGUGUCGUUCGAGGCGUCCGAUCGGCCCAACUACUUCCUGGCGGUGGACAGCAGCGGCCAUCUUAUGCUGACCAAGUGGCAGGAGAGCGAAGCAUUCUGGGACGCGGCUACCUUCACGCUGCACCGUGACACCUGGAUCCAGGGUUAUGAUUCUCUAGAGGCUUUCGCCAGGCCGGGAUUCUUCCUCCACUACAUGCUGUCCUGGGUUCACCUCAUGAAGUACAAACACACUGACGGAUUCCGCAAAGCCACGCUCUUCAAACUGACAGGCCCUGGUCCAGACACCCCUACGGGUCCUAAGUGCCAGUGGAGGUAUGAGUCGUGUGUCAGCCCCUGCUUCAGGACCUGCAGUGACCCCUCGGGGGGGGCAUGUGGCACCGUUCCAAAAGUGGAGGGAUGUCUGCCUCUGUGUCCUGGUCACAUGGUGCUGGAUGAGGUCACUCAGAGAUGUGUCCAUGUUGAAGACUGCAUUAAGCCACCAGUUGCUGUGCAGCCCAUUACUACUGUCAGCAGUGUUGAGUCAACACCCACAGCUGUCACUCCUUCAGCCACCACAACCACCACUACCAGCAGCCUGGCUAGCCCUGGCCUCUCCACGGCACGCUCCACCCCGGGUCCCCCUGGGCCCCUCACCACCACCCCUUCAGACACAGUUCCCACCACUGCAGCCACCACCACCAUUCCUAUUGUCUCAACUUCUGCUUUGGAUGCUCUGACCACCUCUGCUAAGGUACCGACCACAGUGACUGAUAAGGUGGUUCUGCCCAGCACCUCUUCAGCCGUACCGACUCCAGAGGGAACCAGUGCAGCAGCAACACCCUCAACUCCAUCCCAGGCCACCACAGUUAGACCUGAGGUGGUGGAGGUUGUAUCUACAGUGAAGACAUCUCCAUCCUUACCCUCCACUACAGAAGGCAGUACAGAGAGGACGACCAGGGCCCCCAGCUCCACACCCAGCCCCCUAGGCCCCAGCACAGAGAGGACCAGCCAGGUCCCCUUCUCUAUCACAGCUCUGUUCUGGCUCACGUCCUCCACCACCAGGCCCUCUCUAAGCCCAGGGCCUACAGACACCACAUUCACCAGCCCCCCUCCAUCCACCACCAUGGGCCCCUGGAUAAGCUCCACCGUGGGGCCUACUCAGACCAGCACCCUGUCUGCAGUACCAGUCACCCUCACGAGUGUGACCACCAAGGCCACCACACGUCCAGGAGACACAGUGGCUCCAGUCUCAACCACCUCUAGUCCACGGCCAACCACAGUCUCAGAGACACCCAGGGACACAGCUUGGACUACAACUAGGACUACAACUAGGACUACAACUAGGACUACAACUAGGACUACAACCAGGACUACAGCCAUGACUACAGCUUCUAUAACCACCCUUGGUGCACCCACAGAGACAAGCACAAAGCCUGUAACUGUGGAGACAACCGAGCCAACAACAACCAAAGUCCUCCCUCCUGGUGUAUCGACUACAGCCGAUACCACAGUACCCUCUCUCUCACCGACCUCCACCGUUCACACCGUAAUAACAACACCACCACCACCAGAACCCACUUCAAAACACAGCACAGUAUCAACCUCACCAGCCACCCCUUUCACUACCCUCAGAACUACACCAUUCACACGCCCGGAGACAACACCACCACUUGUUUUCACGGCAACCACAGAGAAGGCCGUUCACGCCUCCCCUACAGAGCUGAGGACAUCCACAACUCCAGUUCCUGAGCUACCGACUACCACCGCUGUUCCCAUGAUGCCAACGACAACAACAAUAUCAACCGGUCCUACCUCAGAACAGCUGGCGACAACCAAGAAAACGACGAGAGCACCGGUCUCAACGGCAACAGCGGAACCCUUGGCAACGACCCAUAUAACCAUGACACCGGCUGUAGUCACACCUGUGAUUGUCAUAGACACGGUAACAACAUCUCAACUGACAACAACAGCUACGGCCUACACUGAAAGGACCUCCUGGUCUGGCGGUGUUCCAACCACAGAGAGAACCACAGAACACACAACCACAACCGCAUACCCGACUGAAGCUGUGGACUGGACACUGACCACUACUACCGGUCCCCCGACCGUACGGACCACAACAACUCAACCCAUCCCAAUGGAAAUCUCCAGCACGACCACCAAACCUCCAGAUCUUCUGGUAACGACCACAGAGUCCAUCCAGACCACCUUCACCUCUCCUUCCAUCUCGACCACAACAGAAGCAGUGGUCCCAACCACAACCACAUCGCCUGUAUCACCGGUGUCAUACACAGAGACCACCACAACCGUGCCAGGACCAUCAGUGGCUGUAGGGACCAUAACAACCCAGCCCCCCACCACUCUGAAGACCACGGAGCCUUGGAGGCCCCCCCACAGUGAAACCUCCUCCACUCCUUCUAGCCCUAUCUCUAGCAUAGAGAGGGUGACCACACCUGAGGUCCCAGUGAAACCUGCGGUCAGUACAGAAGUAGAGGUCUCUCCACACCAAGUCAUCUCCACUACCACCACUGAUGCACGUCACCAUGUUUCUACAGCACCAGGCGUCACCACCACAACCUCAGUUACCAUGACGACCACUGCCAAAACCACCACAGCUCCGCCCGAGACUUCAACCGGCGCAGUUUCAACCUCCAGGACGGAGAGACCUCCUGCGACACCCGAAUCCCCAGCCGUGCCUGGUGUACCUGGGGAACCAGCAUUAUCUCUCACCACAACGGUCCCCACGACAACUGUCCCACCUUUACCUGGUGUCCAUACGACCACCAUCACACCUGUACCUGGUGUCCCAGUGACCACUGUCCCACCUUUACCUGGUGUCCAUACGACCACCAUCACACCUGUACCUGGUGUCCAUACGACCACCUUCACACCUUUACCUGGUGUCCAUACGACCACCAUCACACCUGGACCUGGUGUCCAUACGACCACCAUCACACCUUUACCUGGUGUCCAUACGACCACCAUCACACCUGAACCUGGUGUCCAUACGACCACCAUCACACCUUUACCUGGUGUCCAUAUGACUACCAUCACACCUUUACCUGGUGUCCAUACGACCACCAUCACACCUUUACCUGGUGUCCAUACGACCACCAUCACACCUGUACCUGGUGUCCCAGUGACCACUGCCAUCAGACCAGUGACCAUCAGACCGCUAACAGAGACCACAAGCGUUCCUCCCGAUACAGGAAGGGUGGAAGUAUUGUCUACUACUUCCACAACAACUACACAAGAACCAACUUCUUCCUGGUCUGGUCCAGUAACCACAACCAGCUCCUCGUCCACCACCACGUCAGUCCCCAGACCCACUAGCCACCCAGAGAGAGUCACUACCAGAGUGGUUUCUACUUCUAAAGUGGUCUCCAAGACCACCCACAGACCAAUGACAACAACACGCAGGACAACAACAGGCAAGGUUCCCAUGACGACGUCCAGAACUGCCACAACGGUGAGGUCCACCGCCAGACCGAGUACUGUUAGGGCAACUGUAGAUACAAGGACUCUGGGAGUUCCAGGGGUUCCGACAGCGACGACCAGACCUGGUCCUCCUACGGUCGCUCCUCCUAGCCUGGGCACAGCUACCGUCUCAGAGGUUGUUCCAACCACGACCGCUCGUACCACGACCAAACCAGUCACCACAACCAGAACCACAGAAUAUGCAGCAGACGUUAGCAGCUCCGCUGCUCCGAUCGGCACUGGCACGACCACAUCCGCUUCUGUUUCCGUUCCCAGCCUGACCACGGUCACAGAAUCUACCGCCGUCCCCACAGAACCCACAGGACCCACGGGAGCGACCGCAGAACCAUCCACAUCCACCGCUACUACACCAGAAGGAAUAGUACCAUCCACCACUAGAGAGACAGGGGUUACUCCAGCAUUCACAGAGAGCACAACCAGAAUGACUCCUUCGCCUGACCUGCUGACCUCUACUGAGGUCGCAGCCACUCCAGGGGUCACACCAAAGGUCACGCCAAAGGUCACACCAGAUGUGACAGCAGCUCUCUCAGUCCCCGCCUUGUCCCCCACGGCCACCCCAACCUCCACUACAGAGUCAAAGUGGGUGGACGGAGUAGACACCACUACACUAAAGACUCCAUCACCAUCACCUGCGUCGCCGUACACCACAUCAGAGACAACCACGUCACCAUCGGUAGUAUUGCCAUAUACCACGACAGAACGUGUUGGACCUACGGCAGAGGUUACUACAUCCAUGGCAGUGUCCUCAACUAGGAUGUGUACUCCUCCCUAUUCAGAGAUCAUAGAUGAGUGUACCAAGUUACUCUGUGUGAGCGGCCAGCUGGUCCGAUUCAACAUGUCCCAGAACUGUCUGUAUAACUCCACCCCUCCUAACUGCGGCCUGCUCGGCUUCGCCAUUCUGGUCAACGGGGACAAGUGCUGCCCGCAGUGGGACUGCCCAUGUCGCUGCUCAGUGUUCCCCGACCUGAACGUGAUCACGUUUGAUGGUAACAGCGUGGCCAUCUACAAGGCUACCUCCUACAUUGUGACCCAGCUGCCCAGCGAGACCGUCAGCAUCGUGGUCCAGGAAUGCCCCGCUGACUCAGACACGUUGCUGUGGAAUUUCACCAACCUGUGUCUAGUGGUUUUGAACAUUACCCACAAGUCCAACCACCUGGUCAUCAACAGACUGCAGAGGAGGCUGUAUGUGAACUCGAGGUACGCCAAGCCGAGGUUCAAGAAGUUUGGCUUUGAGAUCCUGGACACCGGCAACAUGUAUUUGAUCCGUACACCAGCGGGCCUGAAGCUGCAGUGGUUCCACAGCACGGGCAUGUUGGUCAUCGAGACAGAGAGCUACAACAGCAAACUGCCCACCAUGGGCCUCUGUGGCUGCUGUGAUGGUAACCCGGCCAACGACCUGAUGCUGUCCAAUGGGACGACAGUCGGGGAGAGCGAAGACCCAGCGUUGUUCAUCGACAGCUGGCAGGUCCCCAACACCACUAGUUACUUCAGCCACAGCCGGCGCAGAGAAGUCAACUGUUCCACCAGCGACUGUUCCCAGUGUAUGACCAUGCUCCGAAACACCUCCUUCAGCCCCUGCCAUGCUUUUGUUCCUCCCAGUACGUUCUGUGAGGUGUGGGUACGUGAUGCGGAGUACGUCAACAACCCGUGUGUAGCGCUGGCUGCCUACGUGGCGUCUUGUCACAAGUUCAACGUCUGCAUGGAGUGGAGGAGCCCAGACUACUGUCCCUUCAUGUGUCCAGACCAGCUGCGUUACCAGGCCUGUCUGCCUACCUGUACAGCCCAGUCCUGCUCCAACCAUGACUUUGACCACGACCCUGAGCAGUGUACAGGCCUGACAGAGGGAUGUGUCUGUCCUGAGGGCACUCUGCUCCAUCGACCCUACUCUGCCCUCUGCAUCCCCCCUGAGAAGUGUGCCUGUACGGACAGUUCGGGUGUACCCCGUGCUCCUGGCGAGGUGUGGAAGGCGUCUAAAGAUGGCUGCUGUAUGUAUCGCUGUGACAACGACAGUAUCGUUCCCGUGGAGUAUAACUGUUCUGCCGUGCCUCAGCCGCUCUGCCGCAGGGCCGGGGAAGUGGUCAUCAGUCUGGCAGAUGACACCUCCUGCUGCCCACAGAAAGCCUGCGUUUGUAACCAGACCCUGUGUGACAUCUUCCCCCCGGAGUGUCAGUAUGGAGAGAAGCUGGUGUCUUAUUUCAGAGAGGACUCCUGCUGUCCAGACUACGUCUGUGAGUGUGACCCAGAGCGCUGUGAGUCAGACGUCCCAGCCUGUAGAGAGGACCAGACCCUCAUCGCCACCAGGGCUGAUGGCAGCUGCUGCCUGGCACACAUCUGUAGUGAGUCAACCACAACCAUGACCACAAUGUGUGGUUCCUGUUUGGAGGUGGUUACUAACUGCCAGGAUGGAGAGGUGUUGACGGUGGACACCAACAGUACAGACCUCUGCUGUCCUGUCUACCACUGUGUGUGUGAGCCGUACCGGUGUGCUGAGUUGUCAUGUCCCUCGGGGAUGUCUGCUGUCUCCGUGUCCCCUCCAGACCACUGCUGUCCCCUGCACACCUGCGAGUGUGCGUGUGACAAACUGCCGAAGCCAAAAUGUGUUCUGGGAGAGACCAUGCAGGUGGACAGGGCUUUCCUAGCUGACCCAACUAAUCAGUGUUCCUGUAAGAGAUUUAACUGCGUGCGUCAGGCGGUGUGUGUGGACGGGGAGCGGGGUGUUAUGCGUCCGGGACAGACCCUGGUGGAUCACAGUGAGGAGGGGGUGUGUCUCACCACCCAGUGUAGCCACAGUCUGGAUCCCACCACGGGCUUCCACCACCUCCGCACCACCACCACCAACUGCUCUGCUCAGUGCCAACCGAACCAGAUAUACAUCCCUCCCAAAGACCAGACGAUGUGCUGUGGUGUCUGUAAGAACAUCUCCUGUCUCUACCACAAUGACAACGGUACUGCACUCCUCUACAAGCCUGGGAAGUCAUGGGUGUCAGACUGUAUGAAGUAUGACUGUACCGACACACUGUCAGGCCCUACCCUGGUGUCCUACUCAUUCAGCUGUCCACCCUUCAACCAGACAGAGUGUAUGAAGAUUGGUGGAACCAUUGUAAGUUACAUGGAUGGAUGCUGCAAGACAUGUAAAGAAGAUGGGAAGUCCUGUCAGAAGGUGACAGUAAGGAUGACGAUACGGAAGAACGACUGUCGCAGUAACAGACCGGUCAACAUAGUGUCAUGUGACGGGAAGUGUCCAUCGGCCAGUAUUUACAACUACAACAUCAACACGUACGCCAGGUUCUGUAAGUGCUGCCGUGAGAUGGGGCUGCAGAGGCGCUCUGUGCAGCUCUACUGUAGUGGCAACUCCACGUGGGUCAACUACUCUAUACAGGAACCCACCGACUGCUCCUGCCAGUGGUCUUAGUGGUCACACAGAGACACACAUGACCGUAUGCACACAUGAACGUAUUUACACAGGUGUACACACAUUAAGUAUACACACACAGGGAUGUGUAUGAACACAGCACAUGAUGGUAUCUAUACAGGCUGAGAGGAGGAGGAAGCUAUGAAUGGCUGUCAUCCUACCUAACAAAAAGGCACCGUUAAACAUCAUAUAUGUUGUUGUUUUUUUGUUUGUCUUGAUUUAAAUUCUGCAUUUCUAUCUCUGAGAGUCAGUCUAGAUGUCAGAUAAAUUUGUGUAUCCAGAGCUGUAGGGUUAGUUUCUGUUGGAAAUGGUGUAUUUCACAGUUUAUUACUCUUCAUAUACCUCAUUGGUAGCUCUUUCAGAGGUGUGGUCAAGUCCAUAAAAAGCCACAACAAUUUGAAACAUUAUUUGAGUGUGUUUUCUUUGACACUAAGAAUACGCAGCUUUAAUACUGUAUCCUAAUUCAACUCCAAAGUGUAUUGUACUACACAUACACUACCGUUAAAAAGUUUGGGGUCACUUACAAAUGUCCUUGUUUUUGAAAGAAAAUAAA